CUCGGCUAUCCUCCCUGCGUUGCCGCUGCUCACUGCUCUUGAUUCCGCAGUCAUGUCGACCGCAAUGAACUUCGGGACCAAAAGCUUCCAGCCUCGGCCACCAGAUAAAGGAAGCUUCCCGCUGGACCACUUCGGUGAAUGUAAAAGCUUUAAAGAAAAGUUCAUGAAGUGUCUCCGCGACAAGAAUUUUGAAAAUGCUUUGUGCAGAAAUGAAUCUAAAGAGUAUUUAAUGUGCAGGAUGCAAAGGCAGCUGAUGGCCCCAGAACCGCUGGAAAAACUGGGCUUUAGAGAUUUGAUGGAUGAGCAGCCGGAGGCAAAGGACAAAUGAUGAGAAGAAAACCACAGGGCCACGUCUCCAGCUGCCUGGAGCAGAGCUGAGCCCUUCUGCCCACAGGGCCAGGAGACCUGAGACUCAACCGUGCUGCCUAAGGGAAGGAGUCCCCACGGGACUUUAGGACAUGGCUCAGCCCUGCAGCACGCCCCAAAAUGCUUCCUCAGCUGUCCUCGGUUUCCCUUCAGACAGUCGUCUUAUUCUUCCGUCUGUGUACGUCACAGGAUCCUCUCGGGGCUGACCACCAAUGUAAUAUCCUGCCCAGUAUGGUCGUCACACCACAGAGCCCUGGACUCACCUGUCAUAGACCUGAGUCUUCAUACCAGAAGCCGUCAGUGAAACCAUGCCACAGCAAAACGUCAGCCCUUUCUGUACACAGACGAACACCGGCUUGUUGCUCUUUGUUCUUCUCUUUGAACAAAACUGGAAUACAAAGUAGGAAGUGAGAAACUA